GCUCGGCGCUGCAGGGCGCGGGGACCCCCGGCGGGCCACGUCCACCGGGAUGCGGCUUGGGGGUAAUGUCGAGCGCCUCUCGCCAGCCUGCUCAGGCCCCCACCCAGACCCAGGCUCCACGUAGCACAAGUCAGCAACUCCCACACCCCCCCGACUCCCUCCCCCUGGCUCAUUCCCUUACCUGGCGCGAUGCCCCCAGAGCCCCUACCCUCUGUGCUCCUCCUCCCCCAUCCAGUUGCCGGACUCCCCGCCCCGCCUGCAAGGCGGGGGCGGAGGGUAGCCCAAGCCUCCCAUUCAUCAUCUUCCCACCGCCCCCCACCCGGAUCGGACCCACCCGCGGCUGGAGACCCACGGCCUCCAGCUCCGGAUCCCCAUCGCCACCCGCUCCCGCGCUCACCUCUGCGACCGACAACUUACGGGACUCGGGCGGGCUCCCCUACACGUUGCAUUUUCAUUUUGUCGCUCUUCUCUCCCCACUUGAAAAGCUCUGGAAGACAUCGCAGGGCCCGCAAAAUCCCCGAUGUCUGGCCUCUCCCGUAGUUCCGUUUCCAAACUUUCCCGGAGGCACAGACUUUCUCCCAGCGCAGCCUUCAAGUCGAGGCUGCAAAGAACGCAGAGUCAAUUUUGCUGCCGGAAAGGUGCACACGUUUCCAUUUCUGAGUUUUCGAUUGCCUGGGUCUGCAGACCAAAGCAAGUGUGACUGUGCUCCCCUAGUUCUCCAUAUCCAUGAUUAUAAAUUUCUCUUCCGCUUUCCCAGUGUAACUUUGCAAGUGCAAUCAAUUUAG